AUGAAGGCGCUCAUCAUCGAGAAUUUCGUCGUGGUCGUUGCUCUUGGCAUACGUGACUCAGCCGCGUCGGCAGAUGCAACGGGAGGCACUCCGCUGGAUCCCCCAGCAGUUUUUAACGCCCCGCCGUAUUCUGUGAUCAACUAUUUUGCGCCCUUCCCCUAUAAAUCCAUACAGGAUGGGCUUGAUGAGUCCCGACUGACACAAGAGACGUUCAAAGAAUCCAUCAAAACUGCCCUGGAUGAAAACGCGGCCAAGGCGGCAAUGAGACGAAUCGAUAGCACGCUGGAUGCUACCUCUAAAAGCAUUGCCGACACCGCAGAAUCAUUCGACAACAUCGUGCAGACGAUUGGUUGGCUGGGACGGGACUGGCUGAAAAUUGCUAGGCUUCAAUAA